AUGGAUUAUUACAACCCAAAUGCUAUAAGCUCACUGGAAGAAGGAGACGACCAGGACAGUAUAAAUGAACAUGCAUCUGGCUUCCAGGAGGAUUUCCCAAUGGACUCGCUGGGACAUGUCAAUCCAUACUUCCAAGAUGAUGGUGAUAUUGAGAUGCAAACUAAUGGACUUCGUCAGAGAGAUCCAUAUAUGGAAGGUGCUAAGCCUAGACGUACUAGAGCACUUUCCACGGCAUCCAGUAUGCAAUAUUCAAGUGAAGAAGAAGAUCCUGAUGACAUUGUAGAAAGUGCAGCUAUUGCAGCAUCACUGAGAGAUCCCCAUAGCAUGCUAGAUUUACUUCCAAGUAGACAACUAGGUAGCACCCUGAUUGUUGCACAUGCAAGCAAAAAGUGGCUCAAAACACGGCAGAGUACAAGAGGAACAUUAUCUGUCAAAAAAGGACGCCAUAACAGCGGCACAAGAGUAGCAGUUGAAAGGAUUGUUAAUAAUGAAGACAUGGUGGAUGGCUCAGCUAGGUCAUUAAUUAGAAGACAAAAUACUAUUAAAGCUAUACCUGGAAGUAUAGAAACAAAAAGGAGAAUCAGAGAUAAAGUUGAGAAGAAGAAAUCCAAGAAAGAUAAAUCUGUUAGUUAUUUCACAAUGUUGUCUUAUAACAUUGGAAUGAGCUGGCAAACUGUAAAGAACAAACUGAAGGAUCUUAAAUAUUCUACCAAUUUCUGGGAUGGUCAUAUAAAAAAGAUAGAAGGCAACUUUGGUAGUGGUGUGACGUCAUAUUUCUUAUUUCUAAGAUGGCUACUGCUUCUCAAUAUACCUGUCUUUUUGUUGAGUUUUAGUUUUGCUACUAUACCACAGUUGAUUUACGAACCAAGUCCGCUCUACAACACUGCUUCAUUCUCAGUGCUAGAUCUAUUUACUGGUAUGGGCUGGUUUACAGACACAGAAUUAUAUUACGGUUACUAUACGAAUGAAACAUUCACUACAAAUGACAAACAUUAUUACGACAUGCCAGUAGCUUACCUAUUUACAUGUGGUGGUUACUCAUUAUUCUUACUGGUUGCACUGUUAAUUAG